AUUCGUGCGCGAAUGUAUCAUGCCCACGGCGCAUCUCCAAAAGUUGUCACAGCUCACUUCCGAGAGAACUCUCGACAACCGACGAGGGACCGCUUUGUCUUCGCUGGGGAUCUCCUUUCCAACCCCAGACUCCAACCAUACAUCCACGACGUCGUGUUGAGCAUCCGCUAUGGUGGAAAAUCAUUCAAGUUUUUGGUGUUCUUCAAACGGCACAAGCUGCUUCCACCGAACCUAUCUGUCCAAAAUUUGGGAGGAGGUCUUGUCGAUGGGGACGUUCUUUUGGUGGCUUGUGGUAAGAGGGUGUCGAUCAGGAAUUUGCGUAGUGGAUUGGAGGAUAGAGCAGCGGAUAAAGCGAUCAGGAGGUAUGUCAUUUCGGUGAUGCGAACGAUUUUUGACUGA